CCAGAUAUUUGAAUAAUAUAACUAUUCUCCCCCACACUGCAAUUGAAUUCAGGUCUUCCUUGAGCGGCGGUGAAGCCCCUAACAGCUACACCACAGACGCCGGUUUUUUAAUAUUUUUAGACACUAGCGCGUUUUAUAAUUCUGAUUCUAAAUCCUUCAAGUUCAAGCGCUCUGGUCUGCCCUGUUUAUACAGGUAGCUAAACAAACGAGAGAUUGCUUCUUCUUCGAGCCGCACACACUCGGAACUGCAGUCUGCGGUGAGCGCAACAUUAUCUUCCUUUCUCCGGAGUUUACUGUGCGGAGCAGGACACUCUCUUCUCUCAGAACACGCAGUACCGAAGUAAACGACCAACUCGAAAUGUAAAGAAUCCCUCUCUCAGAUGAAUGGGAAGUAUGUGGUAGGACUUUCUAUUGGCACGCACUAACCCACUAUCCCCGACCUCCUCUUUCAGAACACGAGGUAAAAGACCAGUCAACGAAGAGCAGUGCAAGACAAGGGGUUGUAUGUUCGAACCCAACCCAUCUGCAGGGGAGCCCGGCUGUUACUACAAGGAAGGCCAGUACAGUCUGAAAGUCCAGCAGAUGGCCUUGACAGCAACGGGUGUGACGGUCGAGCUCAGCCAAAUCGGCAAUGCUCCCUUCGGUGGCGACAUCCGGAACUGGACGUUCUCGUUCACAAACCAUGGAGAUGACAUGGCUAGGUUUAAGUUUGACGUGAGCUCAGGUGACCGUUACCAGGUGCCUGUGCCUCUGUUCCGCCCCGCCCCCACCCCGACCAGCGACAGUCAGAAGUACGAGCUCAAGGUCACAGACACGGACAACUUCGCUUUCCAGAUCCUCCGGAAGGCAACGGGGACUGUUCUAGUACAGUUUCGCCCCCACGCCCAGCCUGACGUUCCGAACAAUCGGAGGAAUCCUCGACUUUUACAUCUUCCUGGGACCCAGUCCGGAGCUAGUGGUGCAGCAGUAUACAGCGUUGAUUGGCCGUCCCAUGAUGCCGCCAUAUUGGUCUCUGGGCUUCCAGCAAUGUCGGUAUGGCUACAACAACAUUGAGAACCUGAGAGAGGCCGUGGAGACAACCAAGGCUUACGACAUUCCUCAUGAUGUCCAGUACGUAGACAUUGACCACAUGGAUACCCGGAAAAUCUUCACUGUUGACAACGCCAGUUACCCAGAUCUGGACGGUUACUUCAAGUCUCUGCAGGCGGAGGGGAUGAGGAUCAUAUACAUCCUAGACAUGAACGAGCCGGCAAGUUUCGGCACUAACGAGGAGCGUCCCUUCAACUGGCCUGAGAAUGUCCGCCCUUACUGGAGCCUGCACUGUCCCGUCAACGCUUUGGAUGACCCGCCAUACCGCACCAAGGCAGCCUACCUAUACGACUACGAUGACGGGAGCCGCCAGGGUCGGCUGUCGGACAAAACCUUCUGUAUGCACACGGUACAGGGGGAGGGCGGAGUCUACUCGCACUAUGACGUACACAGCCUCUACGGCUACAGCCAAUCAGAGAGCACGCUCAGGGCAGCCCGCCAAGCCACGGGACAGCGGAGUAUCGUCAUCAGUAGGUCAACAUUCCCUGGUUCCGGUCGGUAUGUAGGUCACUGGCUGGGAGACAACGAGAGUGCCUGGAAGGAUCUCAAGACUUCCAUCAUAGGAAUGCUCGAGUUUAACCUAUUUGGCAUUCCCUAUAUCGGUGCAGACAUUUGCGGGUUUUUCCAAAACACUACCGUCGAGCUGUGCAAACGAUGGAUGCAGCUUGGAGCCUUCUACCCAUUCAGCAGGAACCACAACGGCAUUGGCUUCAUCGUGCAAGGUCCUGGUCAGCUGGGCGAUGACGUAGGCAAUGCAUCACGUGACAUCAUGCGUGUACGCUACCGGCUGUUACCGUAUUUGUACCUACUGUUCCACCAGUCACACACACAGGGAGGCACAGUCGUCAGACCUCUGCAUCACGAAUUCCCGACUGACCAGCGCGCCCUGGCGGUGGAUUCUCAGUUCCUGUGGGGGUCCUGUCUGCUUAUCUCCCCUAUCCUGGAGAAGGGCCAGACGAGUUUGACGUAUUACCUACCGGCUGGGAAAUGGUACGAUUACUACUCGCACCGUGGGGUGUCCCUUAUAGAGGGUGCUGACCAGACACAGGGUGUGAACGACACCAGUAUGCCAGCGCUACAUGUGAGAGGAGGAUGUGUGCUGGUAGAGCAGGGCUACGCUAACAACACACACUUCAGUCUGUGGUCGUCCCUUUGAACGAUUUCCCAAUGGUCAACACUCUGACUGUGACGUGGAUCAGCGCGGCCCCUUAGCCGUCAUGGAACAUAAAAAUCAUCAUUUUACUAUCACAGCA